CUUUGUACACACUUUGUACACACUUUGUACACACUUUGCACGUCCUGUGGACUCGAGGGGCCCCACGCGACCCCCCCCCCCCCCCAUCAGUGGAAUUUGACCUACAUUUGUGACCUGGACUUCCAGCACGUGCAGCUUCUUCUUCUUCUCUCCGGGUCGCAAGGUGAGGAACGACAGUGACGUAAUGGCACCUACACACUGUCCAGGAAACAGUCUGAAUUAUACAUGAUGAUGAACUGUAAAUAGUUAUUUCAACGUAGGAGUUGUAUUUGUUUAUUUGUUUGUGCAUCGCAGUGAGCGGUCGCUGUAUUAACAACAACAACAACAACACGUGUCACCUGAAUUAUGGUCUGGAGUCUUUAACUGAUGGUUCACACUGUUUAUUGAACUCACCUGGAGAACCUGGAAAUAACGGAAAUAGCAGACAAUAAAUAAAACCGUUAACGUGCGUCAGAAAAGAUGUCCUCCCUUGUCCGGCUGAGGCUGCUGCCGACAGCCAGGUGCAUGUUCGACGAGCCGGUUCAGGUGAAGGUGGACGGGCUGAGGUCGAGGCAGGUGGUCACCCUGACGGCCAGAUCCACCGACAAGAAGGGAGUGGUCUUCAGCUCCUCGGCCACCUACAGGGCCGACGGGAGCGGGGGGGUCGACCUGGAGAGGGACCCCUCUCUCGGCGGGAGCUACACCGGGUUGGAACCCACGGGUCUGCUGUGGUCCAUGAGGGCGGCCGCCCCGCACAAGAGGUUUCAGAGGACCAAGUCACUGAACCCCCACGUGGUGAAGUUCUCCGUGCACGAGGGGGAGGGCAGGGUGCUGGCAGAGGCGACCAAUGAGAGGCUUCUGAUUGGAGACGGGGUCAGCCGGCGGACGAUCACAGACGGGCGUAUUCGCGGGGUCCUGUUCACUCCGCCAGGAGGAGGUCCGUUCCCCGCCGUGUUGGACCUGUACACCUUCGCCGGGGGUCUGUCGGAGAAGAGGGCCUCGCUGCUGGCCCACCGAGGGUUCGUGGUCCUGACCAUACCGCUGUACGUCCACGACGACAUGGCGAGCAACAUCGAAGAGGUCCAUCUGGAUUACUUCGAGGAAGCGAUCCGCUUUUUAAAAAAGCAAGACGGGGUGGGCAGCAAAGGAGUCGGCGUGAUCUCCAUUUCCAAAAGCAGCGAUCUCGCCCUGUCCAUCGCCUCCUACCUGCCGGGCGUGGAGGCCACCGUGUGGAUCAACGGCUGCUGUUCCAACACGUUCUUACCGCUGCUCUACCACGGGAGGCAGGUCCUCCCCGCGCUGAUGAUGGACCUCGGCAAGAUGAUCCCCGCCGACGAGUCGGGCGCCGGCGUCUGCAAGAACGUUCUGCUCGACCCGCUGGCCGAGGAGAACCGGGCCUCCCUGGUGCCCGUGGAGCGAGCCGGGGGGCGUUUCCUCUUCGUGGCCUCGGGGGACGACCUCAACUGGGACAGCGAGGCCUACAUGGAGGUGAUGGCGGAGAGGCUGCGGCGCCACGGGAAGGACAACUUCGAGAGCGUGUGUUACCCCGGAGCGGGUCAUUACCUCGAGCCGCCUUACGGACCCUACUGCCCCUCCAGUUUUCACGGGGUCGUGAGAAUGCCGGUCCGGUGGGGCGGGGAGGCCCGGUCCCACGCGGCCGCGGAAGUCCACCUGUGGAAGAAGAUCCAGGAGUUCUUCAGGACUCACGUGAGCUGCGGCGCCACGCAGAUUAAAGCUAAAAUAUAGACCCGGACAGAUGUUUAAAUCAUCGCUUCAGAGAUGUACGCAAGGUUGUAAACGUCCACCAUGCCACACAAUCUGUGAUUUCUUUAUGUAUACAGUAUGUUGCAAUGCAGAUAUAGUAUGUUUGAUAUUACAACGCAGCAUGUUUUCUGGUGUGUUACGUAAAUAAAUGGUCUAUAUGAAA